CAGACACUCACCAUUUAUACCCCACCAUCACAACCACCACCACCAGAAGAAGAAUCACUCUCUCUCUCUCUCUCUCUCUCUCUCAGAGCCAACCCGCCAACUUUUGGAAGAAAGAGAGCAGCAGAGUUUCUUUCUUCCAUGGACCCCAACUUCGUCGGAAAGCCGCCGAUGACGGUGGACCUCGAGCAGAUGCCUGACACCCCACAGCGAGGGUCCCACCACCGUAGGGCCCACUCCGACAACUCCUUCCGCAUCGCCAACUUCGAUGAGCUCCUCCUCUUCGACCCUUCCGACCUCGAUAUCUCCAACCUUCCUUCGCCGGCGUUGCCCAGCGCCACCGGCACCAACCCCUCGCCUUUCGCCGCCGCCGCUACUGCACCCAGCAGCGGCUUUCCUGCCGCCAUGGAUUUUGCCUCGAAGCCGUCGGAGGAAUCUAACUGCAGGAAUUCCCGGUCCAGGCCCGCGGGUUCCCCCGUCGGCCAUAUCCGGAGCUUGUCCAUGGACUCCGAUUUUUUCAACGGCCUGGGAUUGACUGGUGGCGUUGAUGGGGACAAACUUGGCGGGAAAGGUGUAGAGGAGAGAAGGGUGGGUCAUCACAGGCACAGCAAUUCCAUGGAUGGGUCAUCAUCGUUGUCUUUUGAGGCCGACUCUUCCAUGGAUAUCGACGGUGUGAAGAAGGCCAUGGCUCCCGAUAAGCUCGCUGAACUUGCUCUCGUUGAUCCCAAGAGAGCUAGGAGGAUUCUUGCUAAUAGGCAAUCUGCUGCGCGAUCAAAGGAGAGAAAAAUUCGGUACACAAACGAGCUGGAAAGGAAGGUGCAGACGCUUCAAAAUGAAGCAACAAACCUCUCUGCUCAGGUUACCAUGCUUCAGAGAGACACUACAGGGUUGACUAAUGAGAAUAAGGAGCUUAAACUGCGCUUAGAGGCGAUGGAACAACAAGCUCAGCUUAGAGAUGCGCUCAAUGAAGCAUUAAAGGAAGAACUGCAACGCCUGAAGCUACAAAGUAGUCAAAUAGCUGCCAUGAAUGGCAACCCUUCUUAUGGCGGGUUUCUCUCUCAGUUUGCUUCUCAAUUAGCCUUGCAACAUCUUGCUAAUCCUCAAUCCCAGCAGACACAACAGCAAUCACAGGUUGGCAUGCCUCCGUCAUCCGCCGAUCACCCUUUCAACGGGCAGCCUGACCCGGACUUCUUGGACUUCAAUGGCAAGAACUAGCUCAUGAAUAUUUUCCCUAAAUCAUUGGCAAUAGGCAAAAUUCAUCACAAGUAGCAUCAUGUGCAUAUACAUAUAUAUAUAUAUAUAUAUAUAUGUAUGUAUGUAUUACUGGCGAGGCUUGUGAAGAUCAAUCAUUGUGCAGUUUAGUGUCCUCUUUGUCCUAUAUUGUGUUCUCUAUAUUCUGUUUAGGGCAAAAGCAUAGUCUGUUGCUGCGUGUAUUUACUGCAAUUCUAGGGUAGAAUCACAGGUUAUAACAACAUGAUGUAGAUAAGCUUGAACCGUUGGUUGAUAGCUGUUGAAUGAAAUUAUCUAUCUGAAUAAGCAGCUUCUGAAUUAUCUGUCAUAAUCGCACAUAGCAAAUUAUAUUUUCAUUUUCAGGGAGGUA